GCGUGCGCAUGCGCCGCGGUGAAAGCCGGGUACCCCGAGUAAGAUGGCUGCCAAGAACUUCGCAUCCCGCCUUAGAGGCUCUCGGCAUUUUCUGAAUGGCUUCGUGGCGGGGGCAAUGGUGGGCGCCGCGGGAGCGGGGCUCACGGCCCUGCAGAUUUUCCGGAGUCAGGGCGCUGAGGCAGCGUUGGCAGUGAGGGAGCCUCACAGAUCUGCAGAAAAGGAUCUCUUGGGACAAUUUGGAUUCCCUUUAAGUGGAACAGAGACAAGGUGUUACACUAAUCAUGCUUUGUCUUAUGAUCAGACAAAGCGGGUGCCUAGAUGGGUUCUUGAACAUAUUUCCAAAAGCAAGAUAAUGGGUGAUGCAGACAGAAAACAUUGUAAAUUCAAGCCUGAUCCUAACAUCCCUUCAACCUUCAGUGCCUUCAAUGAAGACUAUGUUGGAAGUGGGUGGUCACGAGGACACAUGGCUCCAGCAGGAAAUAACAAAUUUUCAAGUAAAGCCAUGGCUGAAACCUUUUACCUUUCUAAUAUUGUGCCUCAGGAUUUUGAUAAUAAUUCUGGAUAUUGGAACAGAAUAGAAAUGUAUUGUCGAGAACUGACAGAGAGGUUUGAAGAUGUUUGGGUAAUAUCUGGACCUUUGACCUUACCUCAAACUAGAAGUGAUGGAAAGAAAGCAGUUAGUUACCAGGUGAUUGGUGAAGACAAUGUGGCAGUCCCCACACAUCUUUAUAAGGUGAUCUUGGCGCGCAGAAGCCCAGGAUCCACUGAACCACUGGCACUAGGGGCCUUCGUGGUACCCAAUGAAGCCAUUAGCUUCCAUCCCCAGUUAACUGAAUUCCAAGUGAGCCUCCAGGACCUAGAGAAGUUGUCAGGACUGGUGUUUUUUCCUCAUUUGGAUAGAACUUGUGACAUCAGGAAUCUCUGCUCUUUGGACACCUGUAAGCUCCUGGAUUUCCGGGAGUUUACUUUAUACUUGAGCACAAGAAAGAUUGAGGGAGCCCGAUCGGUGCUCAGACUCGAAAAGGUCAUGGAAAAUUUGAAGGCUGCAGGGAUUGAACCAGAUGAUUACUUCAUGAGUCGCUAUGAGAAAAAACUAGAAGAACUCAAAGCUAAGGAGCAGUCUGGCACCCACACAAGAAAGCCCUCCUAGCUUUUAUCUCAGAAGAUGUGUGAUAUCACAUGUAAUGAAGAAGCAAUGCAUGACCAAGCCAAUCUCACUAUUGUGAUCAGCUUGUCCUCCCCUGUGACUGCCCACCAGCCCACCACCUGGAAUCACAAGACCAAUUGCCUUGACAACGGCAAAGGAAGAAAAACCGGUGUAAGGUGAAAUCCGCACCCAAGAAUGUGGUUGCUGAAGAUUUUUACUAGCCCUGGUUCUUUAUAAAAACUUGAAAAGCCCUCUCUCCUUAAAGCGUAUGCCACGCUUGCCUGUGAGCGUUAACCCCUGUCUGUGGAAAGUGGGUAAUAAACUUUGUUUCCUUCGUUUUUGCAAAUCUUUGUUUCAUUCCCGAGACACUGGCCUGCCUUGCCUCAGUUUAUCCUUCCAUAUAUAUGUUACAAUAAAGCUCUCCAGCAGCUCCA